UUAAAGCCAGAAGUCCGCCGAGCGCAUGUUUGUCUGCACAAACACUUCCGCUUACAACGCGUAUAUUUCUGUCUAAUAUGUUGUCGCCGCGUUGUCUUCAUUGUCCCAUCUGAUCCAUCCCGCGAAUCGCGUAAGCAAACACCCGGAAAUGGCAGAGUCGCAAACGGCGCAACCUUCAACUGCGGAGCCCCUCGAGUCUAUCGAGGUAGAGGCCGAUGAUGUAAAGCAGGAAGAUGCGGGUGAAGAGAAGUCCGACAACGAGGCAGACCCGGCCGACGAGACCGCAGGGGAUGAUCGCGCGGUUUCGAACGCACAGUACAGGGCACUCAAGAACAUUACUGAAGUAUUGACCAACCACACGAUCAAAAUUAAGGGCGAUGACGCAUACCAUCCUUCGGGUUUGUUCAAGCGCAUUCCGAACCGACGUCUCUUGCCGGACUAUCAUGAUAUUAUCAAAGAACCUGCGGCAAUCAGUACACUUAAGGGCAAGAUACAGAGGAAGCAGUACACAGGAAUCCCGGAGUUCGUUCGUGACUUCGCCUUGAUUGUGCAUAACGCCCAAGUAUACAACCUUCCCAACUCGGCCCCUGUACGUGAUGUACUUAUGCUGCAGGAUGUGUUCAAAGAGGAGUUGCAGAAGCUCGUGAAGGAAGGCUUGGCCGAAGAGGAAGCAACAGUGUUUCCAGAUCUUGGUGAAAUACCUUAUGCCACACCAGAACCAGAUCCUGCAUCCGACGACGAAAACGAGGAAGACGCGGAAGAAGAGGACGAGGAAGAGGACGCCGAGGCCGAUGAUACCGACGACGAUCGACCAAAGAAAAAAGGUCGUAGAGGCAGACCCAGUCUUGUUGCACGAAAGAGUCGUGACGAUGGUGACGACAAAGUGGACGACGGUGAUGUGCGAAAACGCCGGGGACGCCCUCCCAAAGUGGACACACCUAUGGAGGCCCGGAUCAAGGCCGUGCUGAAGGGCAUUCGCAAGCCUAAAGAUCGGGCUGGUAACGGCAAGAUACGACACUUUGAACGAUUACCUGACAAAGCAGAAUACCCGGUAUACUUUCAGGAGAUCAAGGAUCCUAUUGCACUGGACGCUAUCAAGAAGAAGUCAAAGCGCAAGAAGUAUCAAUCACUGGAACAGUUUAUGAAGGAUAUCGAUCUGCUCUUCAACAACGCAAAACAGUUCAACGAGGAAGGCAGCGAGAUCUAUCAAGACGCGGUGGAGCUGCAAGCGGAAGCCCAUAAGCUUCUCGAGAUCGAAAAAGCAAAGCCCGACGAUGAGUACCUUAUGGAAGACGGUAGACGGCCCCUGCCUUCCGGCAUCCUGCACAAAAACGAGCUCUGGAAGGUCGGAGACUGGGUUCACAUUUCUAAUUUGAAUGACGUGACAAAACCUAUUGUUGCUCAGAUAUAUCGUACCUGGGAAGACCCCGAAGGUCAAAAGUGGAUCAAUGCGUGCUGGUAUUAUCGCCCUGAACAGACUGUGCACCAGUACGAAAAACACUUCUUUCCCAACGAGGUGGUGAAAACUGGGCAAUACCGGGAUCACAAGAUUGAAGAAGUCCUCGACCGAUGUUUCGUGAUGUUCGUGACGAGAUACAAUCGUGGCAGACCUCGCGACGUCGAUCCCACCAAGGAAGUCUAUGUCUGUGAAGCUCGAUACAACGAAGAGAAGCAUCGCUUCAACAAGAUCAAAACUUGGGCCAGCUGUCUACCGGACGAGGUUCGAGACAAGGACUACGAAAUGGAUCUGUUUGAUCAACCGCGAAGAAUCAAGAAAAUUCCUAGUCCUCUGAAACACCUGCUCAAGGAUGACACGACGGAAACGGACGAGAUCCCUCCACCCCAAUGGGGUCAUCCUAAUGCGCCUCCGGCCGUUGGUGCCAUUCACAAACAGCGUCGUGACGAGAAUCAAUCACCACCUCCAGAACCCACACCGCCACCACCUCCAACUCCGCCUCCACAACCGGCACGACAGCCCUCAAUCGCUGCAAUACCGAUCCAGCAGGCCCCUCGGCACAGCAUAGAUAGACAAGCCAGCAUUACGCCUGCAAAUCUUCAGCCACAAUUGACACGUCCAUCUGCUACACCUCAAGUAGCUCCAUACCAGCCGCAGUCCAUCUCACCUGCUCCAACGACCUUUGCUCGCCAAAACUCAUACCAGCAGUCACAGACACCGCACUUACAGCCUGCCGCCGCACCGCCGACACCCGCUGCUCAGCAGCCAUUACCUUAUGCCGCUCAUCAACAAUUACAUCCUCAGCCAAGCUUGACUGCAGCACAUCCAACAAACUACGCCGCAACCACACCAGCGCAGCCCUACACUCGUCCUGCGGUGCAAGCAACACCGGCAUACAACCCAUAUCCUACCCACCUGCCAGAUCAGCGCGCUGCUGAAGUCUUUGUACUAUCAGAAGCAGCAAAUGCAACGAUUCCAAAACAUAUCCGGGAGCGCUUCCCUCAUGAUGAGAAUGGCCGUGUCUUGUUCUUCACCAAGCCGCCAAUUGUUCCUGAGAAUAUUGUUCGAGGACGAGAUGGCCAAUUCCUUGCUCAUACCGAGAAAUAUCUUGCUGCCAAGGCUGAAAGAGACAAGAUCAUUGCGACUCGAAAACGAGCUAGAGAGGAAAGUGGUCACGAGAUGAGUAAGCGAAGUCGACUGGGGACUGUUGCUUGAUGGAAAAGGGCGGUUGUUGUUUGCAGAACCUCUUCAUUUGUGGCAUUCUGAGAGGAGAUGACCAAGCCCACCACCUCUCAAUGGUUGUUCAUCUGUUUUAUAAGCGAUGGCGCUGGG